CGGCCCGUGGCUCCACCGCCAGUAGUGGUGGAAGUUUGGUUCGCAGUAUUGACGGCGACGAGACGGUGAGGUGUGUCCAGAUCCUGCAGUCGUCCGAUGGAGCCGCUGCUGCGUUCAGGGGGAACUGCGGACGCUGGCAAUGUGGCAGAUCCUGGUGCUUGUUGGGAAACAUUAUCACGUUAGUUCUGCUGCCUCUGAUGGUGUCACUGCUGUCCUGACUUAUGACGCUGACGGUGCUGGCAUCAAGCUGUGGUGCAGCAGGGACUGGAUCACAAGCAUCCCAGCCGCUGCGCAGCGACGAGUGGAGGCAGAGCUGUCUCGACCUGAAGGCUGGAACCUCGAAACAGGCGCUUCGUGAUAACGCCGCUGCUCGACCUGCUCUCCAUGAUAAGUUGUCUUGGAAUGGUGAGAGCGAAGAGUCAAGCCGACCUGAUGUGCCUCUACUUCCGUUGUUCCGGCUUGGUCUUCAUUUAAGAUCACUAAGGAAGUGCCACAUAUCCCGCAGCAUGACAGGAGGGACCAAGGCGAACAGUGGCUCCGAGACGCUGGAGAGCACAGUCGGAGGAAAAGACGCACCGUUAACAGAAAGAUAGAGUGUCCGUUGUCCUGUUCUGAAGCUUGUUGAGCUGUGUGGUCACUCGGCUCAGGAUGUCAUUCACCAGAGUACAUGAAUUAAUACGAAAACACUCUCAAACAUUCUCCUUGGAACAUUUAUUACAUCAACGCUGCUUUAUUUAGUAAAAUGACAAAUAAUACAGCAAUAGACAUCAACUACAUUUGCAAGUUGUAUUACCAAAAAGAAAUACCAGGCAAUGUGAAUAAAUUUUUCAGCUCCAUUUACAAGUAAUUUUUCUGAAUACAUUUUCUCAAUUUUAUAUUUCCCUCUUUCCCGCCAUCACAGUCUCCCAUUUGAUCCUCCCUUGCAACGCACACGCCGCCCCGCCCUUCGUCUCGCUCUUUCCCGGUCGUCAGGACUACAAUAAUGACAUUUUCCUCCUUCGCCUCGACACAAACACCCAAGGAACAUGCAGGCACUCACUCCUCGCCCUUGUCUAACGAAGGACAAAAGGACUUAUAGCUUUGUUGUUGGUAAUGAAGGUGGCGGUGGUGGUGGGGUGGCGGUGGUGAUCAUGGUAAAAAGGGAAGGUUGGCAGACAUAUGAGAAAACCUGUCUGUCUGUCUGU